AUGUCGGUUGAAAUCGAGACUUUUGGAAACUCCUUCAGGAACCUCACCUGUAACCAUGAUUAUGUGCCCUCGGCGAUGGAACACAUAGAGAGUUUAGGCGCCUUUGGUAUAAGUUUCUUAAGUAUCGGCACCGUAUUGUCCACUCUAACAUUGUACUUCGCCGUAGAUGCUUGCCACAAUAUACUUUACCAAAAGGAAUCGAGGUUCUAUGAAAUCAACAGUAUUAUGAUUCUUAUGGUAUAUCCAGUCGCCAGUGUCUGUAGCCUUACAGCGAUGGGGAUACCAAGGUCUCAACUGCUGUCGGAGACGGUCACUCAAAUUUUCUUAAUGACAGCCCUGUACCGGCUAUAUCUGUUGCUGGUGUACAUCGGCCGCAAAAGAGUCACGAAGUCGCCGGCAUUAUUGCUGCGAGUCGGCCCCUGUUGCUGCUGGCCCUGUCUGCCCUUUCCGGAACUCGAAAUGACCGAGGCCAAUUUAUCCUGGCUCCGGCUGCUAGUCCUACAGCUUCCUAUUAUCCAGACCUUAACCUGUUGCACGUUGCUUUUUCUGUCGAUCCAAGAGCCAAGCUUCGCGACACAAUAUGGCGUCUGGCUGCAGCCGUUCACUGUGACCAGCAUACUUCUCGGAAUAUAUGGUCUGACCAUUACCGUGAAGAGUCUGCAGGAAGUCGCUCCAGAGGCGAAACUCCACCACCGAGCAACGGUGUCCCAGAUGGUGCUGCUGUUUUCGAAGCUGCAGGCGUUCAUUGUGAAGAGUUUGCCGCAAACGGGCCUGUUUCCAUGUAAUCCGCCAAUUACACCUCAAAUCUAUGCGAAUGUUACCUACAAUGCCCUGAUGCUAAUCGAGAUGCUGUUGCUCUGCUACGCGGCGAGGCACGUUUAUUACGUGGAGCUGGAAAAGGAGGAGAACACGACUGUCGAGGCGACAGAUCGGCCGAAAGACAAGGCUGUGGCACAAGUGAACCCGACGAAUAACAACGAGGCCGACAAGCAACCCCAUUGA